AUGGAAAAUGGAAUCCUGAAGCCAAGGAUCCAGCUAACUGGAUUUAAGAACCAAGAAAAGAAGUCUGUACUUGGACUUCUUCUCAAACUAGACUGUGUGUUUGUUGACAGCAAGAAAUACAGGAAUUGCACACACCUUAUAGCGAAGCAGCCUUGCAGAAGUGAAAAAUUCUUAGCAGCAUGUGCAGCAGGAAAGUGGGUACUAACCAAGGACUACAUAAUUAAUAGUGCUGAAAGUGGCAGAUGGCUUGAUGAAACAACUUACGAAUGGGGAUAUAAAAUUGAAAAAGAUUCCUAUUAUUCACCUCAAAUGCAAUCUGCACCUAAAAGAUGGCGCAAAGAGCUGACAUACUCUGGUGCUGCAGGGGCCUUCCACAGAUGGAAAGUUGUCCUCAUUGUGAAAGGUGAUAAAGAAAGGGAUUCCUUUACAAGAGUUCUAGAGGCAGGAAAAGCCACAGUCUAUACAACACUAAGUGUGCCAAAUACUAUUACUCAUGUUUUAACUAAUAAUAUGGCAUUAAAACAAAAGACAGAGAUCUCUGAAGCUCCAUGCUAUUCAGUUUCCUAUCUAGGGACUUAUCUCCUAGAGAGUGAAUUUGAAAAUUAUACAGAAAAAUGCCCAGAGAACUAUCUGAGAGAUGAAGAAGAAACAAGAGAGACGGUGAUUGACAUACACAUUGACAAAAUGAGAAAUGCCUUGAUAAAGCAUAUGUAUUUACAAAAGGCUAUGCUAAGCAAAUAUACUCAGGUAGACCAAAUGAAAGAGUGCAGAGAAAAGGAGAAAAAUACUUGUUCUUCUAGAGGAAUCGACAAUGUACUCGAAGAAUUAGUAGACAACCACUUGUUACCAAUAGCAGUCACAGAAUUUCUCUGUGGGAAAGAUCUCAUUCCUCCUGUUAAAUUUCUUCACUCUCUUCUAGAACAUAUAUUGCAGGGAAACGCAGACCCUACACUUUCAGUGCAGUUUUUUCACUUUAUGUACACUCUUCUUCAACAUGAACCUCCUUGGAAAUCACCUUUCAUGUUAAAAUACUACCUGGAAGUUCUUCAGUGUCCUUAUUGCAUGAGGGGAACAUGGCCACUGGUAGAGAUACUUGUGAGGUCUUGCCUUUGUCACAGUAAUAUAUGUCAUUCACUACUUGAUUCAGGAAUUAUAAAUGAAGACAGAACAUGUCACAAAAAAUUGCUAAUGUUUAUUCUGAACCUGUUCCAAGCUGAAGUGCUGGCAUUAACAAGAAGUUUAUAUGAAGGGGUUAAUCCACAACCCUUUGAAGUAAUGCCACCAACAGUUCUUCUGAAAACCUUCUGGUUGGGAAAUGAAUCAGUGCUUUUCACCAAAGAGAUACAUAGUCUAGUGGACUGGGUCAUACAUUCCUAUAAAAUAACGUACAAGACAAAUGAUAUCUUCAAGCAUGAGGUAGCUGAACUAUUGAAUGGAAUUUUGGGAUCUGUGGUGGAAUAUUGGAUUAUUUCUGGAUUCAUAAUGGACAGAAAUGUGCUACAUUCAGUAGCCAAUGAUCUUGCAACUUACAUUAUCAUUUCAUGUGAUGAUUUUUCAACAAUGGAAUUAAAAAUGUUCAUUUCUUCCAUUCCGUCUCUGUGGCUUCAAAUGUUCGUUGCAGAAGCAGUCUUUAAAAAUAUAUCUUUCCAGAGCAACAUUACUGUUUCUACUGAACUUCUGUCUCUCAGGAAAAUAGUUUGUUCCUAUCUACCUGCUUUACAAGUAGGGAUGCGUGAGACAGGGAGGAUGCAGAGAGCAAAGAAAAUAGGGCAGUGGCCUUGCCCUGAGUCUCAGAGGGCAUUACUGAUGCUAAAUGGUGAUAAGCAGAACCAAGCCGAAGCGCUGCCUGAUGUACCCAUGCAAGCCAGUGUUAACUGUCUUCGUGUUCCAAAUAAAGCAAGACACCGAACCAAAAUUGAGAUGUCACAUGACAAAGAGAAUUGUCAUUUUCCAGCUAAACAAAAAAAUGUUUUAAAAGUUAAUUUGAAAGGAGAGACAGCCCUGCAUAUUGCUUCCAGAAGGAACAAUGUGAAGAGAUUGAUUCAUCUUCUCUCUCUACCAGAAAUAGAUAUUAACGUUAAAGACUAUGCUGGCUGGACGCCUUUGCAUGAAGCCUGUAACCAUGGUAGCACAGUGUGUGUCCGUGAAAUUUUGCAACAUUGUCCAGAGGUAGACCUGCUCAGUGAAGUGAAUGGGAUGACUCCCUUGCAUGAUGCACUGGUGAACGGACAUGUAGAAAUUGCCAAGCUACUGCUUCAGUAUGGGGGGCCAGUAUUGCUGCAGCAGAUAGAUUCUGAAGGGAAAUUCCCACUGGAUUACCUAGAGUGUGUGAUGGCAAAGCAAGAUCUUUUGCAUAGUGUUAGACCAGAAGAGACAGUAGAGGACUUUCAUGCACAAGUAAAACGCAAUUUGUGUAAUCAACAGAUAGAAUUUUGGGCAAUCUUGUUUUGUAAAAUGUUGUUGAACUUUUGUUCUGUAUAUAACUUAUUUAUGCCUUUUUCUUUGACAUUAAAAAAAUUAACCACAAAUCCAUUGCUGGAGACAGCUGGUUGCAAGUUUAAUAGUAACUUUUAUUCCCACUGGUUCAUAGACCUUUAUUUUAGAGAGCUAGAAACCUUUCAGAAUCUCCAUGUCUAUCUUCAGAAAACCAUUGAGGAACUUAAACAAUGUUCAGGGGAACAGAAGGAAGCCUUUGCAGCAACACUUCAACAAAUCACAAUGCCAGUUCAGCUGUCCAGCCUUGAUUUGGCAAACAAACUUUCAAAAUAGCCGCAGUUCCCUCAGUCUAAUUGCCUAGGCCCUAGAAUGUCAUCUGGCUUUAACAUCUAGUAUUUAUAGAUGGUAUCUUAAAACUCUGAACUCCAGCAAGUUGUCUUAUACCAACUCAUUGUAGCUUCUUCCUACAGCUUGCCUCCAGGUUUGGUUCAACUACCAGCAAUUUUCUGUUUAGGCUAGGGUCAUUUUAAGACUAUUUUUGUUUUAUUGCAAUGUAAAUAUUAAAGUGAAAUAAAUGAAACAUGAUAUGCAAAA